AUGAUGAUGGAUGUUAUAAAAACCGGAUAUCUCAACUACUCAUUUUCGAUGGUGCAACAGAAACAGGUGACAUUGAAAAUGAGGAUAGAAGAUUGCAAGAAGCGGUCGAGGAGCUCAACUAUAUUCGCGGUCGGCAGCCAAACUCGCUUCGAGACAGGCCUUUCGUUCGGUAUGAUCGUGGUCAUCUGCAUGUCGUUUGAAUGCAUCGCUAGGUCGCUUGAAAGAGAUAUGGGGUUACCGGAGGGAGACUUGUUUCGAAAAAAACGAUUGAUGGCAGUUUCCUCCCAGUCCUCGGAUAAAUAUUGCGUUUUCAUAGUUCGUCACGAUGUAGAGGCUAACAUGAAUGCGUAUCCGCCAUUAUACAUCAUGGGAUUUUAA